AUGUCGGCGACGGAGAAGCUCUUCGUGAAGAUCUUCGAACGGAAAAAGCAAUUCAUCGAGCAAGUUCGUCAGGAGUCGCUUCUCUGGGAGGACAAUCUUCGUCACCUACUCAUUCUCAACGGAAUUCCCCCUCCUCCAUGGCUCAAUAACUCCGCCGUUCACUCCUCCUUCCCCUCAGAUCCCAAAGAUUUAUUCAAAGAUGAUACUCUUUAUCAAGGCCAACCAUCACAAGCACAGUUUGGAGUUCCUUCUGUUGGUGAUCAUUGCAGUCAGUACAAUAGUCUGGAUGCUGUAUCUGGCGAUUUGCGUAAUGAAGUCGAUGCUAUUAAAAAAGACCAUGAUACAGUGGGAAGGCUUUCUAAUUUGCCAGAUUGCUCAGUUAGUAAUGCUGGAUGUGCCUCAAGUGCUCCUCUAGAAUUGGAUUCAGUUGCUGUUUCACCUCAGAAUCAGAUAGAACAAAGAGUCUCGGAGAGUUUCCUUGACCCAGCAGUGUCAUUGUCCAAGUUGCAUAGAUCAAGGUCAAGGCAGAAAGCUCUGGAGCAACGUAACAGUGCAAAAGCGUCCAAACUGUUGCCAGGAGAUGGUGAUAAUGCUGGGGAUUGUACUGCCGCAGCUACACGUUCUGCACCACCAUCUCUACAGGAAGAUCAUAUCAAGGAGUUAAGCUUGGUCAAUGAGUUUCAUCCAAACAACCGAAGUUGUUUGACGGAAGAAAUGAGAAGAGGGGGCUGUCUAACUCGAAAAGACCACAGUUCUAAUUACACUGGCCGUAUAACAAGAUCUAAAAGUUCAUCCCAGAAGGUCAACACUUUGAAUAUCGGUGGUUCUUCUGUAGAGAAGGAAGAUGAUCCUCCACUUAAUGAUUUGAAUGAGGAAAUGGAGCUUAUCAACCGGCCUUCUUUUAUAAAUGGAAGCUGUGGGGUUCAGGAACCAAAUUUAAUAGAUUUUCAGAACAAGAACAUUGGAAGCAGUGUCUAUGAUAAAAGAUUAAGCAAACCUAGAAGUUCUAGCCAGGCAGAACAUAGUAGUGAAUUAUUAAACUUAGACAGCACCUCAGGAAGAUACAAAGUGGUUGAAGUAUCUGAUAUGAAUCAACCAUGUUCUCAUGUUGAGUUAACCGAUUUAAGCAAAACCUCCGAUUGUAUCAAGGGAAGUAGGUGGAAUAUUGUUAAAGAUGGUGACUUCUGCCAAACUGAACAAGAAAGCAACAUUCAGAGUAGGUCAAGACUACAUAGAAGUUCAUGUCCAUCACCAGGGGAUGAUUGUUUCACAACCAAUGGUUCCGGAAGGUCUAUCGAUAAAUCUGUGCAAUUGCCUCAACCUUUAAUUGCGAAGAAUUUGCAGGACCCCUCAGUGGCCGCUGUUGGGUCUUUAUGUAGCCAAGAGGAACCUCACAUUUCUGCAGUAAAAGCAAAUGUUGGGUCUUUAUGUAGCCAAGAGGAACCUCACAUUUCUGCAGUAAAAGCAAAAGAGUAUUUAAGUAGAAGUGGUUCUGAAAAUGUAUACUUAACCAGAAAUUCAAAGUUAUCAAAGUCUCCAAAUUCCAAAUCUUGUGGGCAAAGGGCUACCCAUUCCGAAUCAGCGGGUAAGAAGUCUCAAAAUGUACAUCCUACAAAACUGGAUCCUAGAAGGUUAUCUUCAAGUCCUAAGUAUUCCAAAUUAGAUUUACAAAUUUCAGCGAAUUCUGCAGAGAAGGAGAACAUUGCAGAAGUUGAUGCUUCUAGAAAUACCAGGGCUGAGACUAGUUGCCCAGAAAAAAGUUUGUUGAGGCUAGCAAGCUCUUCCAAUUUAGAUGGUGGAUCUAUACUUGCAGAAUCAUUAUACAUUAAAACAGUUGUGGCUGAAAAGGACUUGGAUGUCCUAGAAAAUAUAGCAUCUGAUGCCAAUUCUACCGAUAAUGCUAAACACAAAUCUACUACAACUACUGCCAAAGUUCAACUUGAUUUUGAUGGAUUAGUUGAUAAAGAUCCUUCGUGUUUGGGGUCAAAACUCGCUGCUGUUAACCCUAAGGUUAGGGAGGAGGUUUCUGCCUCAAGGUUUUCCCCUGAUUUUGUUAUGUCUGUGAUGCCUAAAGAACUUGUUUUUGAUGAUGCUGAAGAGACUAUUAGGGAUGGAAUAUCUAGCCCUGAUUUGAAAGGAAGCAAGAGAAUGUCACCAGAUAAAGAACUUCUUGCUUUAUCGGAACCAUUGAAAUUACUUGAUGAUGACACGCAGGAAGUUCUGGCAGAUUCUUUUUCUGAAGCAGUUACUGAAAAUGGUCUCCCUAGACAUACAGACAAAAGUGUUACAAAAUUCAAUGUUAGGUUCCCAGUUAGUGCUCCUACUGAUGAAGUGAAUGUUGAUUUGGCACAACAGUCCCCAAAUACCAUUUCCUGGGAUCAAAAUGGUGACUUAUUCAGGCAGGCACUUCCCAGCAAUGGAAAAGUUAUCCGUUUUUCAACUGAUGUACAUAAUUUCAAUAGUUCCACAGAGAGUUUCACUAAUGAUAUGGAGCAUUCAUGCUCUCAGCAUAAGAAAAGAAAGAUUGAGAUUGAAUCAGAGGAAUUUCUUCCAGACUCUACACACUUAUUGGAAAAGCUAGUUGAUUCUACCAACCAAAGGCCUGCAAGUGGUACCUCAAGUAUCAAAGAAGACAAUCCAGAGGCUGUCAUUGAAGUUCAACAUUUGGCAUUUGGUCAAGCGGAUGAUAUAGGACAUGAACUUGACUGUAAGAGCCCAACAGAUGUGAUGGAAGACUCCGGGGAAAGCCAAAAAAUGGAAGGGUCUUCAUGUACAGUGAGAAAAGAUGAGAAACUUAUGUUGGAUGGAAGAUGCAGAGGGUCAGACACCCUUAUGUUGCCAGAAGUAGAUCCGUUCAGUUUUAGUAUUGAAUCAACAAGGUUAUCCUUUGAUGGGAAGGCCGGGUCAUGGCAUCUCCAGGGUAAUUCUGGAGAAAAUAAUGCGGAGGAUCUGACUUGUGUUGAAAGAACCACCUCAAGUAGAAGAAUCUAUCCCGAAGGUGAUACCAAAUUCUUAGAUGGUUUGUCUGUUUCUCCAAGAUUCCGAGAUUUGGAUUUGGUUGAUACAGGGGCUUUACCAGAGUUUGAAGGGUUUCUUAUGCAAACAGAUAAUGAGCAACCAUGCACUGCUCAAGAUGAAAUGCAAUUCGAAACUAUGAAUCUUCCUAGUAGCUCAGCCGAUAAUUCAUCACUUGAUGGAUCUAGAUUCACGUGCUCUCCAUCAAGCUAUUCUUCAACUCCAUACAAGUUGCACAGCAUAGCAAACAUUUAUCAGUCUUUACCUAAUGGACUUCUGGAAGGAUAUGGUCUAAGGACUUCCCGUCAUCUAAACGAUGGGAGUCCAAGGGCCUUUUCUGAUUGCCGACCAAAAUGCAAUGGUCAGUUUACAUCUUCGGUCCAAACACUUUGGGAUAGAUUUAAUUCUAACUUUGGCAGUUCUGGAAAGCGUAAGAGUUCGAAACCAGAGCUACCCUGCAUAAGUGAAGAAAAUGAAAAUGUGGAUGAGAUUGCUGGUACAUUCCAACACGGCAUUGGUCCAGAAGGAAUGAAUGAGUCAAUUACCAGAGGACAACCAGCUGAGAUUGUAGAAAAUGCAAACCCCUCUACAUCAGUUUUACAAGAUGCAUUAACUAGUGAACAGGAAGAUUUUGUGAUCUCAGAAUCUAACUUUGAUGGUACAUUCCAACAAGGCAUUGGUCCAGAAGGAAUGAAUGUGUCAAUUACCAGAGAACAACCAGCUGAGAUUGUAGAAAAUGCAAACCCCGCUACAUCAGUUUUACAAGAUGUAUUAGCUAGUGAACAGGAGGAUUUUGUGAUCUCAGAAUCUAACUUUGAUGGGACUCACAAUAAAGUAAAAAGGAAACUUGACAAGCAGGAUGGAAAUAGGACAAGAUUAACAAGUAAGGGGAAGGAUAACAUGAGUAUAUCUCUUGGAGCAAAUGGUGCCAAGAGGAACUCCGAAUCAGUCCAUAAAAGAUCCAGUAGGCCAAAGUUAUCUGGAAAAGAUAGUAUGAAACUACAACGCCCCACUUUUUCUGGAAGGAAGUCUACACGCAAGAAUAUUGUAUCUAACAUUACUUCCUUUAUUCCAUUAGUGCAGCAAAAGCAAGCAGCGGCAGUUUUGCCAGGCAAGAAAGUUAUCAAAAUUAAGGCUUUGAAGGCUGCUGAGGCUGCUAAGCGCAAUGAUGAAAUGAAAGAGAAUGAGCGCAAAAAGAAGAAAGAGGUCUUGAUGGAGCUGCAGAAGAAAAAAGAAGAAAGAAAGAAAGAGGAGGCCAAAAUGUCAGCAAAAAAAAGACCAAGGGAAAAUGAAGAGAAAAAGGAGAAAGAAGGAAAAAGGAAGCGUGCUAAUGACAUGAAACAGCCAGAGCACGAGAAGAUACUUGCUAAGAAAGAAGAGUUAAAAGUACACCGGCUAACUUCAGGUAAAGAAGUACGCGAAAGCAGGAAUAUUGUGGAUGGAAGAGACGAUCGUAACAAAUUGCUACCGCAAGAGAAUAAACAAGGCAAUGCAGAGAAAAUUUCAAAAACUGAACCUUUGACCAAGGAAAGCCGUCAUGAAAAGUAUGAAUCUGGGAUCGAAUGUGCCAAUAAAGGAAAGGCAACAAAGGAAGACAAUGACUUGAUCAUCAAAAACUCACCUCUGGAGCAAUCAUACGAUAUGUCUCCAUAUAAGUCAGAUGAUGAUGAUGAAGAUGAGGAUGACAUACCAUCUAAUAAAUUUAUACCAUCAUGGGCAAGUAAGCAUAGCCUGUUGCUGAAUGUUUCUUCCCAGACAAUGGUGGACCCAGAAACAAUAUUUCCUCGUCAAAGCUUUUGCGAGAUAGCAGAAGUUCUCCGGCCUCGGAAGUUUGUGUUAUAG